CCGAGCUUUGUGCGAGCGUGUUAGUUUACGAGUACAUCCAAAAUGGGCAAGGCUUUUGUGAUAAUGGCGUGCUUAUGCGCCGUCGCGUACGCACAAUUUGGAAAUUCCGGGUUCCAAUCACAGUCUUCAUUUGGACAAUCUUCUGGAGCAUUCGGGCGAGGUCAAACAACUUAUCAGCAAACUGCGAAACCUGGACAAUACCAACAAAGCAGUUUUGGCAGCCAAAACCAAUUUCAACAAAACCAACCACAACGUAAUCAAUACCAACAACAAAGCAGUUUUGGCAGUCAAAAUCAAUUUCAGCAAAAUCAACCACAACGUAAUCAAUACCAGCAAAGCCAGUAUCAGCAAAAUCAAAAUCAGUACCAGCAAAACCAAUAUCAGCAGAAUCAAUAUCAACAGCCAUCAGCAGCCAAGCAAAACUUUGGUUCCUGUAAAGACAAAGAACGUUCUCCAGUGUCUGGUAGUUGCGACAGAUAUAAUGAAUGUGUAAAUGGAGCAAUAGAAGAGAAAUUAUGCCCUGACGGACUCAGGUUCAACCCCAGCGUAAGACCUGACGUCUACCCUUGUCAGUAUCCCAGUGAGGUGCCAUGCCUCGAACGCUCGUCGCUACAACCUGCGCAGCCUACGGCAGACUGUCCACACCAGUUUGGAUUAUUCAAAUUGGGAGAUGCCCGUAACUGUAGCGGUUUCAGAAACUGUGUCAACGGAGUAGGUUUCGACUUAACUUGUCCUGAAGGCUUGGCCUUCAGCUCAGAGUCAUACCGAUGCGAAUGGCCCGAUGAGGUCGCUGAUUGUGAUGCUGAAGCUUUCCUUGGCUUUCGAUGCCCAGAAGUGCCUGUAUCGAGGGAACUCGGACCACCUGUCGGAUACAGAUAUUACAGAUCAGACACCAAUUGCCAGAAGUACUUCAUCUGUAUCGAGAACCGUCCUCGGGCUUUAUCCUGUGGCGGAGACUCGGCAUUUGACGAGCUCACAUCCACCUGUGUUUCUGCUGACGAAGUGUCCAGCUGCCCUUCGGAACUUAGAGCUCUGGCCGCGCGGUCCAGAGAAGAAGAAAAGCAACGACUGGCAAAGGAAGUGUCUCUUAAUGCCAAACCUCUACAGCAAAAAAGAAGAUACUGAAUAAUUUAAUUGUAUGAAGUCAUGUACAGAUAGUUCAUAAGCUUUU